UGAAAAUAAAACAACCAUGUUCAAACUGAUUGUACUCACGGCUUUAGUGGCGCUUGCCGCUGCCAAACCCAGUUUCGUGGCCCCGGUGCCAUAUUCUGGAUACAGCGCUCCCCUGGCGUACUCCGCCCCAGCCGUAGCCUACUCCGCCCCAGCCGUAACCUACUCCGCCCCAGCCGUAGCCUACUCCGCCCCAGCCGUAACCUACCCCUCCCCAGCCGUAGCCUACUCCACCCCAGCCAUCGCCGCCCCAGCGUACACCGCGCCUCUCUCUUACUCUCCUCUCGCCUACUCUGGAUACGCCGCCGCCCCUUACGCAUUCUCUGGACUGGCUACGUACGGUUCUGGCUACGACUACGGUUACAGCAGCUACCCCUACCUGUUCAAGAAGAAGUGAAUUA